UCUCCAGUCCGGGUCAAAUCCGGGGAAUAAACCUGCCCCAAUAGCUGUCAUGCCGAGAUUACAGUUAAUUUGCGCCUAUUGCAGGCUGAUUAAGCAGUUAAAACAUAAUACAGGGCAAAAGUUGUUGGUAGAAAGGGCAUGGCAAGCAGGACCUAGUAGGACUAUAACCACAGGCAGUUUCCAACUCUGCAAGGAACGACAAAACAAGGGGCGAGAUUUAGAUGAAAAUGAAGCAAAGAAGGAAGGUACAAGUGUGAAGGGAAGUAGACUAGAGGAUGUAGCCAGGGAGAAAAAUAUGUCCUCAACAUCCAGCGACAGUUCCAGUAGCUCCGAGUCUGACAGUGAAGGAAGCAGUUCUGACUCGGACAUGGAAGCGUUGGACCCGAAGCUUGUCUCGGCCGUGAAAGAGGUUGCAGAACACAUGCCAGGGAACAAAAAGGAGGCGGAGACCAAAAUCUUGGGCCAGCUACUGUCCCAAUACAAGACCACCAGCAGUCAGAAGAAUGGCCAGACCCCAAGAAAGAGCAAGGAGGCAUGCAAAACUAAUAUCCUGGAAGGCAUGCAGUUUGACCUUGGACAAAGUCAGAAAAAGGUAGUGAGAGGGCAAAGGAAAGAGGCCAAGCUGAGCUCCAUUGAUGAUGAGGAUCCAGAGUCCGGAGAAAACACAAAGGAAGUGUUUGUGAUUGAACCAUUCUCUACUGCUACGUGUGGUACUGUUCUACAGCCAGGUAUUGGUUUGUUCAGCGGAAAACCAUUGGGGAUAUUCAAGAAGGCAGACUCAAAGACAGUAACAUCAGGAAAGAGGAGUCUGUUGGACAUAGUAGCGGAGGAGCGACGACGUGAGAUGGAGCAGUUUCCACCACAGAAUGGCUUUGAGGAGAUGAUUCGAUGGACGCAGGAGGGCAAAAUGUGGACCUUCCCCAUCAAUAACGAGGCUGGCUGGGAGGAAGAGAAGACGGUCAAGUUUCAUGAGCAUGUGCUACUGGAGAACCAGAUCAGGGACUUUCCCCGCAAGGGCCCCAUCCGACACUUUAUGGAGCUUGUCACAGUCACACUCUCUAAAAACCCACACCUCACUGUACAACAGAAACAUGAACACAUAGACUGGUUUAGGAACUAUUUUAAUGAGAAAAGCGACAUUCUGGAGGCCAAGUUAGGGGCUGAUGGUAUUAUUAAGAGAAGUGAUAAAAUAGCUGGGAGUCCAGACAAAGGAGUGUGAUGCUAUUUGAAGAAAUAGAACUGUUGAGAGUCUGAAGUAUUCAAACUGUCACAUGUGAUAUGGAGAGAUUUUGCCAAUAAAACUGUUGUAAAAUGUGGUUGCAAGUUCCUUUUCUGUAGUAGCAAUAAAUAAAAUGAGCAUAGCUGAAGUAUA